AUGUCAGCGGCUGCAGCAAUAACGAAAGAAUCGUGCCAGCUACUGGGUAUCAAGUCUGUCGGGGUAGACUAUGGGCUGGUUCGCACUGGUGUCGCUGCUACGAUUGGGUACGAACCAACGCCUCUGAAAAUCCUAUCGAACCUGAACAACACAGAAGUUUCUCAACACGUAGUUCAAAUGUGCCGCGCAGAGCAGGCAAGCCAAGUGAUUGUUGGAUUACCCCUACACAAAAAUGGAACAGAAGCCAACCAAACGACGAUAACUAGAAUGUUUGCUGCCGAGCUUGCAGACCACGUGAUCAAAAAUCUGGGGCCUAGUGUUUCUGUGCUGCUCUUUGAUGAGAGAUACACAUCCAAAGAGGCUGCAGCAAGAGCACACAGCAAGGAUCCUAAUCGAAAUUUGCAAGGGCAACUUGAUGCCGUUGCUGCUUGCAUAAUCCUGGAAAGCUACUACAACGACAAUGGCCAUGGUGCCGAACUUGUAGAAGUGGACCCCACACUCUAUGAAGAGUGCGUAAAUGUCUGGGAGGAAAAGCGGAUACACGAAGAGAAAAGGUUGCAAGAAGAGAUGAGAGAUCGAGAUGCCAGAAGGGCUUGGAGAAAGGAAGCGAUGGAAAGAGAUAGAACGAUGGAGGAGACAGCUUCUACGAAUACGAAUACCAAGAAAAAGAAGAAAAAGAGAAAGAAAAAGUAG